AUGAAGAAAUUCCUUCGUCCACAAUUUCUCCAUGUGGACGAAGGAAUUUCUUCAUGCCUCCGUCCAAGUAUGGAGGCAUGGAGAAAUUCCUCCGUCCAAGGAAUUUCUCCAUGUGGACGGAGGAAUUUCUCCUUGCCUCCGUCCAGUGCAUUUCUCCAUGCCUCCGUCCUUACCCUUUCCAAGGACAGAGGCAAGGAGAAAUUCCUCCGUACAGUGCAUUUCUCCAUGCCUCCGUCCUUGCCCUUUCCUACUCCUAUACCCGAUUUCUACACACUUGCCAAGACCUGGGCCGAACAUACGACUUCUUCUACCCUAUGGAACUGGAUAACUAAAAUUGGGAUGUCCGUUAGAUUUAAAAUUUUGGCCUUUUCUAAAUUGGUAGGAACAAGGCUGGGCGAUGCUUUUCUUCACCAAUUGCCACAUGCUUUUGGUGGCAUGAAUGGCUCUGUAGUUUAUGAACCCGACAGACCUGAGAAUGCAGGUCUUAAGAAGUUCCUUAAAGAUAAAGGGAGUGUUUGGUACUCCAUUGCGGCUUUCUCUACCACCUCCGACAGCAUUAGACAAAUUUGUGAUUUUCAAAUAAUUUAA